UCACUUCCCAUCACAUCGCCGGCUUCAUCACCUCUGUCCGUGUCUCCGUAUCAUUCGGCCUCGCUCGCAGCCGUUCUCCAGCUCUCAUCAUCCAGCCCCCCGAGGACAGAGCUGUUUCUCAUCGUCCGGCUGUGGUUCAUCUGGAGGAAGGGCAUGGAGCACAGUCACAUCUUCACCGUUCUGUCUCCUAACUCCACUUCCCAUAGUCCUCUGGGUUGUCCUCUCGGACAGUUGCCUGUCAUCUACUACAGUUCACUGCUCUGCCUUGGCCUGCCCGCAAACAUCCUGACGGUGAUCAUCCUUUCCCAACUGGUGCUGCGACGACAGAAAUCAUCCUACAACUACCUACUGGCCCUUGCUAUAGCUGACAUACUGGUCCUGAUACUCAUCGUGUUUGUGGACUUUCUGUUGGAGGACUUCAUUUUAGGUGCUCCUCUGCCUCACUCCCUCAACAAGGCUGUGCAGGUCCUGGAGUUCUCCUCCAUCCACACUUCCAUCUGGAUCACGGUGCCCCUGACCAUAGACCGAUACAUCGCUGUAUGCCAUCCGCUACGCUACCACACUGUCUCGUACCCGGCCCGAACUCGCAAAGUCAUCCUGGCCGUGUACGUUGGCUGUCUGAUCAGCAGCACUCCAUACUACUGGUGGCCAGAGCUGUGGCACGGGUUGCCAGGAGCCAGCGGCGGCAGUCGGAGCAGCGCCGGGCAACAUGUGCUUGUGUGGGUCCACUGCGCCACGGUCUAUCUGCUCCCCUGCUCUGUAUUCUUCUCACUCAACGCCAUCAUCGUACGGAAGCUUCGUUGCCGGCGUAGCUGCUUCCGUCUACGUGGUUACUCCACCGGAAAGACCACGGCAAUCCUGCUGGCGAUCACCUCUGUGUUCGCAGUCUUGUGGGCGCCACGCACUCUCAUGAUCCUCUAUCACCUGUACACGGCACAGCCGGCGAUGCCCGCAAACGCCCAACUCCUGCACCUAGUCACGGAUGUGGCAAACAUGCUCGCAUUGCUCAACACCGGCGUCAACUUCUUCUUGUACUGUUUCAUCAGCAAGCGCUUUCGCAGGAUGGCCGCCACGGUGCUAAAGGCUUUGUUCCGAUGUCGGAAACAGCCACCACAUUUUUACGCAAGUCACAAUUUCUCCAUCACCAGCAGCCCGUGGAUCUCACCAGCAAAUUCCCACUGCAUCAAGAUGCUAGUGUACCAGUACGAUAAGAACGGCAAGCCCGUCUGCAUAUCUUCUUGAACGCCAUAAUGAACACUGGCUAGUGAGUCUUCUGGCAAGCUCGAGGAGAAGUCUUGCCCAACCUUGGGAGGAAGGUUAGUGAUGGUGAGCAGAUGGCACCAACUGGGUUUUUGAAAGUGCCUCAAUAAGAAAUCCAGGUUCAGAGAUAUCUGAGGGGGUUUAAAGGCCAAGAAUGUGGUUCAGAGUCUUCUUAGGCAAAAACAAACCGGCCAGUAAGCGAUGGCGAUGCCUUUCAGGAUAUUAAUGCAAAAAAUGGUCUUGACGUCAAAAUCAACUUGUGACUUGUGCUGUAGGUGAAGCCCAGUAUACCCAUCAAUACAUUUGAAGAUUUUGGAGUCUCCAGCAUGCUGUUUUUAGUUAAAUGCACACCAAAGCAACAUUCACUAAUGGAGAAAGAAAAUGGACAUGUCCCCAAUGACAUGUUACUGUAUGUGAACCAUCUUUAGACUCUCACCUUUCAAGACACAGAAAGCAUAUCCCGCCCUUUGUGACAUAAAAAAACAAUGCUGGUCUCCAAGGGCCGAUUGCAAACAGCACAAGCUUUUAUUAAAGAAUUGUCCCUUUAUAUAUGCUCAGAUACUGCUUUGAUAUCGCUGCCUGAUGAAAAAUAAUGACACAACAUAAAUACACAGACUCUGCAUUAAAAGGCUUCUGGUGCAACUGACUGUUAAAUGUUAGAAUAAAGGCAAAAAAUGCAUUGCGUUCAUGAUCUUUUCAGCCAAUAUAGACUUUCAUUACUCAGUACACGGAAGGAUUUUCUUUCGAAAAAUAAUCAAGACUUUGUUACUCCUACCACACAAACACAUCAACACACUUCUUUGUCCUUUGCAGCCCCAAGAAAAGAGAAAUGGGAUUGAAAGCAAUUUCCAAAUAAAUCAAUCCCUUUCUCUGGAGUGAACUACUGGGGAAAACCACCUUCAUUUAUCUUCGCAGAGCCUGCCAUCCGGAGCGCUUAAACAGCGGGUCAUAUCAGAGACAUAUUUAAACUAUACACUACGUGUGCAUAGAUAAGGUCGAUAACUUAAAUGUGUGGUCUCUGCUUAGACAAAGUCAGAAUCAGAACAAGAUUCAUUUAUCAAAUGUGCACACACAAGGAAUACCCAGCAAGCAAUUAUGCAUUUAAAAGACGUCCAAACACUACACAGAUGUCUAGGCUACAACAAGGCAAAAUUUGGGCUGUCAGUGAACAUUUAAAGGGGACAUUUCAUGAAAAAUCUGACUUUUUUCAUGUUUAAGUGCUAUAAUUGGGUCCCCAGUGCUUCUAUCAACCUAGAACAUGUGAAAAAGAUCAACCCAGUAACUUCGUUUUGGUAAACCAUUCUCUGCAAGCAUGUGAAAAUUAGGUCAUUGAAAUUUGGCUCCCCUUGUGAUGUCAGAAGGGGAUAAUGCCGUCCCUUAAUCUGCACUAUCCAACCACGGCACCAUCUGGGGGCACCAAAGAUUUAUUUGACAUCUUAAAAACGUCUUGUGAAAUGUCCUCUUUAAAGGGAUAGUUCAGCCAAAAAUGAUA